AUGAGGGAUUUUCCUUCUUGUUUUGGGGAAAAUGGGGUUCAGGUUGCUGAUUUCUCAUCAUCAAGUACCACAAAUAAAGUUGCUCAGAAUUUGGUCAAUUGUGUAUAUCAAUGUCGAUUACGAGGCAAAUCAUGUUUGAUUUCUGUUACAUGGAGUAAGAAUUUGAUGGGUCAAGUUCUUAGUGUUGGUAUUGAUGAUAGCACCAAUCAAUGCCUCUGUAAGGUUGACAUAAAGCCGUGGUUGUUCUCUAAGAAGAAAGGGUCAAAGAGUUUAGAAGCAGAUUCCCACAAAGUUGACGUUUAUUGGGAUCUUUCUUCAGCAAAAUUCGGAUCCGGGCCUGAGCCAUUGGAGGGAUUCUACUUGGGGGCUGUCUAUGAUCGGCAAAUGAUUUUACUUCUUGGGGACAUGAGGAAAGAGGCUUUUAAGAAAACAAGUGCCACUCCUGCUUCGUUUAAUUCUGUUUUCAUUGCCAAGAAAGAACACAUUUUUGGUAAGAAGAUAUUCAGCACCAAGGCUCAGUUUUGUGAUAAUGGAAAAGUGCAUGACCUUGUGGUUGAGUGUGAUACAAGUGGCUCCAAUGACCCGUGCCUGGUGAUUCGCAUAGAUAGCAAGACUAUGAUGCAGGUGAAGCGGCUCCGGUGGAAGUUUCGUGGAAACCACACCCUCUUGGUUGAUGGCCUUGCAGUGGAAGUAUUUUGGGAUGUUCACAAUUGGCUCUUUGGUACAUCACCCGGAAAUGCAGUUUUCAUGUUCCAGACCAGCCUUUCAGCUGAGAAGUUAUGGGCCAGCCAACCCCUCUGCGAUCCCCAUACACUGCAUUGGUCCUGGUCUCAGAGAUUUCAAGAUUCCCAAACACAGUGUCUUGGUUUCUCACUUACUUUGUUUGCUUGGAAGAAUGAAUAGAAGAGUCUAGGGCUGUUCAUUGAUUUCUAACAAGUACUUUUACUGAGCUAAGAUUUUUAUUAGCCAUGCAAUUUUAUUAUACUUGAUUAUAGUUGUGUUCAGUUGUUUUUCCUUGUAAUUUUUACCCGAGUA